GCUGUAAAGCGGAAGUGAUACGUGUGUUCUGUCGGUUGGUGCGGCGCUUGUUGUGAUUGUGAGCGGCUCCGGUUCGCCUGGAUUCGGUUCGGAUGUCUUCGAUUCUACGGGGUGAUGUGGUCGCUGUAGUGGGUCGGUGAUGCUGCGGCGGGUUUGGGCACAGAUCCGGCAGUUGGCGGAACAGAUGGCGAGAAGACCCGAACUGUGCUGCGGCGCGAUACUGCUCACCUGCGCUCUCAUCCUACCGAUAACAUACACCUGCGGUCGGGAGAAGAUUGUGGUGGCGGCCGCUCGGACUCCAGUGCGCUUCUUCCCGGUGGACGUCCCAGUGGUGGAUUUGUUUCUGGGUCAGUUGGAUGAAGCGGAUCGGAUCAGAGAGGAUGCUGAUGUCUCUGUGGUCUUCUACUACGCCCCCUGGUGCGCUCACUCUAUCACUGCACGACAGCACGUCCAGCAGGUGGCGCUGCGACUCGCUGCAGAGGUGCAGUUUAUCGCAGUGAACUGUUGGUGGCAUCAGGGCAGAUGUAGAAAACACAAGAACUUCUUCCAGUAUCCACACAUACACCUGUACUUCAGGAGGUUUGGUCCGAUGGAGUACAGUGGUCCUGUCACUUCAGAUUAUUUGGAGAGUUUCAUUCAGAGAGUCUGUUGCCCGCUCACGUACCUGCCCACCCGUGCAGCCCUGCACACCUUCCUCACACACCACCAGCAGGGUGUUGUGGGAUAUUUUCAGUUUAAUUCGUCUCCUCAGCCGGCCGGUUACGUCAUCUUUCUGCUGUCCGCUCUGCACGUGCUCAGACGAGAUCAUCAGGGGGCGGUGCGGUUUGCAGUGGUGACCAAUCAGGCGGUAGCAGAGGGUGUUUCACUAAGGGAGGAUGAGAGUGUGUAUUUACACCGGCGGUUGAACAGCUCACUGGUUUUUCCGCGAGCGCAGCGGAAUUUCACAGUGCAGGCGGUCUGUGAUUGGGUGUAUGAAAACAGAGAGAGUGUCAUCCAGUGGAUUCAGCCAAUGGGAACCAAGAGUUACUCACUGGAGGCGGAGCUACGGAAAGGCCCCGCCCUUCUUACGUUCCUCCCACACAAUCCACUCAGAGCCAAUCAGCUGCUGACUCAGGUGACGGACGUGGCGUUGCGUUAUCACUCUUUUUGCGGGUCAGAUGAGGGUGUGUCCACUGUCCCGCGCUGCUGUCAAUCACUGCUGAUGUCAGGAUUGAGUUCUGCGGUCAUGAGCGGUAAAACUAACGUCUGUGAACUGUGUGUGAACCGCUCCGGUUCUUCCUCAGAUCCGAUGUCAGAUGUUCUCCCUGUGCUGCAGCCUCACUGCUCUCUUCCGGAGCUGCAUACAGUUCUACAGCGGUAUUUAAAGCAGACGGUGUCGAGCACAUCCUGCAGUCACAUCUGGAGCUCAUAUAGUCCGUACAGUCAGUACAGCGCCUGCUGCAGAACGCUACAGAACUCGCAGUGGCGCCCCCUGCUGCCUGACACCAUCACAGGACUGCACUGCCGCACCAAUAAGACGCUGCGCUUUUACCUGCUCGACGCGCAGCUCAACUGGCCGCUGGCACAGAGACUCGGAGCACAUGAUAACCACAGUGUGCUGCCCUUCAUCACCAUCAUCAACCUCAGAGACGAGACGCACUAUGUGCUCAACAACACUGACUCACUGGAGCAGUUCAUUAAGAGCUUCAGUGUUCACUACAGUCCUCUACACAGACAUCUAGUGCAACACAAACAACAACACCCACAAUCCCUCAUACAGGAAGUGACCACAGGCAACUUCCUGCACACAGUCAUGGACUCACACAAGGAUGUGCUGUUGUUGUAUUAUUCGAGCUGGUGUGGCUUCUGCUCUGUUCUCAAUCAUGUGUUUCUGCGACUGGCUCGUCUGUUCCAGGGAAACAGCGCCCUCACUGUGGCCAGAGUUAAUGUUGCUGUGAAUGAUCUGCCUUGGGAGUUUAUGGUGGAUUAUCUGCCAUCCGUACUGUUCUUCCCCCGACACAGGAAGCAGAUGAGCAUGAAGUUUCCAGAAAACACCCCUGUGACACUCCCCAACCUGCUGCGCUUCAUUCUGCAGCACUCUAGCCACACCCCUAGGGAGGAGUCAGGCAGUGGGGUGGAGUCAAAGUCUCUACUGGAGGCGGAGCUUCACACUCUGCAGCAGGAAGUGUUUUCUCUGCAGCGCGCUCGAGAGCGCCUCUCUCAGCAGCUGGCGGUCAUGUGGCGGGAAAACCGCCGUCUGAUGCUGCACACGCAUGUGCUGGAGAGGCAGAACGUCGAGCUGCAGGCGCAGAGUGACCGUCUGGAGACACUGUACAGGGAGAAAACACAACAACUCGCAGACACUGUUCACAGACUGCAGGAGCUCGCAGACGCAUCUGAAGAACUGCUGAAUGAAAACUCACUCUUGAAAGUGCUGCUGAGUGCUCUGAGAGAGAGACAGGACACUGAGAGAGAGAGACAGGACACUGAGAGAGAGAGACAGGACACUGAGAGAGAGAGACAGGGAAACAUGAGGCCACCUGACGACUAAUGAUUAUCAUGUUACAGAAUCUCACGAACCCUGUCGAGAACAUGUGCCAGUCAUGUUUGAACCCAAAACCUAAAGAAAAAAUCAAGUAUAUGAAUGAAAUAAAUUGAAGUCUAUUUCAGAACAUUAAUUAAAUCGUGUGCACGCAUUACGGUAACGAGAACUGGGGGUAAAAUGUGCACAAAAUGCAAAAAAUUAUAAUUCUAAAUAUAUGAAUAUCCUAAAAAGAGGUUUAAUUUUCUUUAUUAGAAAUCUAAUUUCUUCUUUUUUCUUUAGGUGAAAUUUGAUUAGACAUGUUCCUCUCAUUUAGAGCAGCUCUCAUGAAGACAUGUGGACUUUUUAUGUCAGCAAAUGAAGAAUAUCAGUGAUACACUGUUAAAACAAGAAGUAUUUCCGUUUUUCCCCCUUUAUUAUUGAAGUGAUGUAUUUUUUCAUAAUCACUCAUUAUCAAGUGUCGAUUCUGAGUCAGUGUUCAGGGAUUUGUUAGUAUUGUUUAGAUCUUUAUGGGUUAAAAUAAAAUGUAAGUUCAUGGUAAAUUUGAUCCUCUCUGGCUCUGAUAUAAUUUAUAUUAUUAUGUAUUUUUUACUGUCUGGAGCAGCACAUGAAAUCAUUUAAUACAGAACGGAGAAAUAUUCUCAAGAAAUAUAAAAGACAACAUUGGA